GUCGGGGGAGGUGACAAUUCGUCAUGAGUUGCAACUGCUCCGAUGGUGUGGGGGGUCUGCGCAACAGUCCGUAUGACAUGAUCCCGAUGAAAGAGGCCAUCGACACCGUCAUUCGCCUUGCCCAGCCUCUCCUCAAGACGUCUGUUCCGCUGCACGAGCGUGUACCGCGCAGGCGCUCGGGUGUGUCCUCGCCGAGACGAUCAAGAGCAAAGAACCAUUGCCGCCCUUUCGCGCGUCCGUUAUGGAUGGUUAUGCAGUCGUGGCAAGUGACGGCGUCGGCGAGUUCCCCAUCUUGAGUCGCGUUGCCGCGGGGGAUGCACCAGGUGUCCAGGUCACGCCGGGCCACGUGGCAUACGUCACGACUGGGUGUCCCGUGCCGGACGGCGCUGACGCCGUCGUCAAGAUCGAGGACACGGAGGCCAUCCUAGGCGACGACGGCAAGACCGAACUAGCGAUCAAGAUCCUCCACGCCGUCCAAAGUGGCACGAGCAUUCGGCCCAUCGGCUUUGACAUUGCCCAGGACCAAGUGGUCGUGGAAGCUGGCGAAGUUGUGACGCCGGCUGUGCUCGGACUGCUUGCAACUGUCGGCAUCGCGACUGUGUCCAUCUACAAAACACCAGUCGUUGGCGUGCUUUCGACGGGCAGUGAGCUGGUCGAUGCCACCGACGCUGCGGGUAUCCGGUGCGGGAAGAUCCGCGACAGCAAUCGACCCAUGCUGCUGGCUUACAUGCAGCAGCUCCGCUUUCAAACGGUAGAUCUAGGCAUUUGCAGCGAUAAGUGGGAUGCCUUGCGGGACCUCGUCUUGGCCAAGUUGCCUUCAAUUGACGUGCUGAUCACAAGUGGAGGCGUGAGCAUGGGCGAACACGAUCUGGUCAAGCCAUUGCUCAAAGAGCUGGGUACGGUGCAUUUUGGACGGAUUCACAUGAAACCUGGCAAGCCCACCACCGUGGCCACCGUCCCUAUUGCGGGGGUGCCCAAGCUCGUGUUUGCCCUGCCUGGGAACCCCGUGAGCUGCCUGGUGACAUCGUGCCUGCUCGUCCAGCCAGCACUCAAGCGCCUCGGGGGGUUCACGGCGGAACAAGCGGCGCCCGUGGUGUUUCAAGCGCGGCUGCUCCAUCCGCUGCCGUUGGACACGGACCGACCAGAGUACCAUCGCGCGGUGGUGCGGUGGGAACGCACCGAAUGGGUGGCCACGAGCACGGGGGUCCAGGCCAGCAGUCGGCUGCUCAGCUGCCGCCAUGCAAACGCCCUCUUGCACCUGCCCGUGGGCACCCAACUGGCAACGGGUAGCGUCGUGGACUGCACGUUUCUCUCCGACAUGGGCGGCGGAGCAUCGGCCGUGCCUCAUGUCCACCUGCCGCCGCCACAACGUGCCCCAACCCCGUCGCAGACUAGACCUGUGACAGCGAAACGGUUGCGCGUCCGGGCGUGCGUCUUGACGGUGAGCGAUUCCGUGUCGCAAGGACUGGCCAUAGACCGCAGUGGUCCAGUCAUGCAAUCCACGUUGCUAGCCAUUCCUGGUUUGGACGUGGAAAUCGUUCAAGCUGCGAUCGUGGCCGACGAGCACGACGAGAUCCAACACGUUGUGCGGUCGUGGUGCGACGACCUCCACGUCGACUUCGUCGUCACCUCUGGCGGCACGGGGUUCAGUCCCCGCGAUGUCACCCCCGAAGCCGUCAAGACACUGCUGCACCGAGACGCGCCGGGGUUGGUGCACAAGAUGCUCCAGGCGUCGCUAGAAGUGACCCCCAUGGCCAUUCUGGCGCGGCCGGUCGCGGGCAUCCGUGGCCAUACGCUGGUCGUGACGUUGCCUGGAAAACCGAACGCCGUCGUCGAAACGCUCAACGCCAUCGCCCCCGUGCUGCCCCACGCAUUGCAUUUGCUCCAAGAUAUCAGCCACGACCACCACAAAGGCCAAAACAAAGCCAGCUAGUAAUACUUGUAGUACUAGUACUAACUUGCCUCACGUGAACUACUAUACAUACUCGAGGAGCCAGGGCUUCAUGGUUGUGGCUUUGGGAGAGGGG